AUGUACGGAUAUACGGCCCCUUUUUGGGCGCAUCCAGCCACCCUCAAUUACCUCCGAUCAAAUGACGGAAUCCAACCAGAUAAAACCCCUCAACGAUACCUCACGGUGGGAAAAAGUGACAAAGACAAAGGAAGAAAGGAAACGGAGAACAAAGGACGUUCCAGCACUAAGCUCAAAUUAAUAUUAUCAGGACUAACUCUAGAAUCAAUUUUCAGCUUGGCUAUCGACAAAGUAAGCGACAAGACAGAAAGAAGGAAGGCAGGCUGUGGUGGUGUGGCCAUGAGAAAAAGACUUCUUAUAAAGAACUUCGUUAAUGAUCUUUGUCGGAAGAAAGAUGAACAGUCGGAAGAACAGAAUGGGGAGAAUUACUCAUCUCAGGAAUACGACAACUGCGCUGAGAGUCCCGAAAAUGAUGGAAGUACGGACAUAUCGUAUGAGGUUGAAAAAUCCCGUAGUAGUUCGGACUUUUCUGAUGAGGAGUUUGAGGAGGGGGAUGUCAUGAUACCGGAAGAUGACGACAUGACUCCUGCGAAUGAUAUCUGGCUGGAUUCGGCGGCAGUUCCUGAUAACACUCCAUUAUCUGAUCCGCUUCUGUUUGAGUCUAGUCAACCAGGUCGCGAAGGAGCCAUAGGACGUUUAGGCGAUAAGUCUAGUGAGACUCGCCUUUCCCUUUACUCUUUAUACUCAUCGGUAUCGGAGUCAGCUGACGAUGGAGAUGAGACGCUAUCUGCGUGUGAUCCAACAGAGUCCUUACUGCCGAAUUGUUUGUAUGACUGUACGCAGACUGAAAGCUUCUCUCCUCCAUUGACGUCACUGUCUAACAUCACUAAUCUCUCCUCUAUCUGUGAUAUCAGCAACGCUUCUCCCAUACAGCCGGUUUUGGCUGGGGAAAGCGACCAAAUUUUUCUUUCUCUCAGCAAUCACAAGUAUUCCGAUCUCAAGACAUACAACCCUGACCUCUCCCUUUCUUCUUUACCAUCGCCGCCAACUAAUGAUCCACCGCGUACUUGUUCUGUGGCGACGAAGCGCCGGAGCGACGAUUUUUUGUUAUACGACUCCAUCAGCGCAGAAAUUGGCUAUCAGAAAAAGAUCAAACUCUGAGUGAUUGAACCUUGUCGUUUGCUAAGUCGGAUAUGGUGUUGAUAUUGUUCUGUGUUAUGCUUGAAUCAAUUUCCAUACUUCCCCUCCCUUUACGGGCUUUUGUUACACAACUGAGCUUUAUUUGUAUAGUUGUAUGUUUUUAGUGUAAUUAGCAAUUUUGCAGCUAUUUCUUCUAUGUCUGGGAAACUUGUAUCAAAUCUUACCUAGGUAUUCGUGUAGGCUUCUGAUCUCCGAUCUCUUUUCUAGGAACACUAAAGUUUCUGUUUCUACACCCUGAUCUUUUAACUUAUGAGUGGUCGUUUUGAUUCCAUUUUAGGUUAAGACUGCCAUUAUCCUUCAUUUUUGCUCAAUUGUCUAUUUGAUUAUCGUUCUAGUAUCAUCGAUUAUGUUUCUCGCUCCAAUCACAAGGC